CAGAUAAGUUGUGGUUUGUAGCGUGAGACGUAAAGUUAAGAGAAAGAGAAGAGAAGUGAAGUUUGCAAUUGACACCGUGCAACUUACAAAUACUAACAACAGUGAAGAUACUCUAAACAGUUCAAAAACCGCCAUUCUUCAAUCAGUUCAAUCGAAGCUAAAUUGAUAAUUUAAAUAUGGGUGACCGAGCUUGUUAUAAUUGUGGCGAGUCGGGACACUUUGCAAGGGAGUGCAGUACUGGAGGAGGCAGAAGCAGUGGCAGCGGUGCCAGAGGAGGAGGGCGAGGUGGCGGAGCGAGUUUCACCCGUGGGGGCCGAGGAGGAGGAGGCGGCGGCAGCGGCGGCGGUGGGUUCUCGAAUCGAAACUGCUUCCGAUGUGGCCGAGGCGGCCAUAUUGCAGCUGCAUGUCAGAGCCAAGAGGGCGAGAAAUGCUAUAACUGUGGAAAGUUUGCCAACCACAUCGCUCGCGAGUGUCCGGAACCCAAAAAAACUGGCUGCUACGUCUGCGGAAAUCAAGACCACCUGGCUCGUAACUGUCCGGACAAGGAGAAUGGAGAAGACGAGGAGUACAGCGCCGGAGGCCGAGGAGGAUUCCGAAGUGGCGGAGGUGCCACGCGAUGUUACCGAUGCAACGGGGAGGGACACUUUGCGAGGGAGUGUGAUGCUGCCGGAGAUUCGGGCGGUGGAUACUACUCGGAUAACAAGACGUGCUAUGAGUGCGGAUCGCCAGACCAUUUGGCGAGAGAUUGCACCUUGACCCGCAGCCGAGGAGCGGUACCUCAGUGCAGAAAAUGCCAGGAACCAGGACACCUUGCAAGAGACUGCCCCAUGUCAGCCUCUGACAUAGCAGCGAAUAUCGUCUGCUACACUUGCAGCGUGAAGGGUCACUUCGCACGCGACUGCACCAACGCCGCACGCGAGGACUGAAUUAAGGUGAUCUAGCUCAGGUCAGAUGCGGUCACCUUUAGUUCACACUGCUGCGGAGUGAGCCAAAUUGAUAAGAUCACCUUCAGAAAUUCCGUUGUCAUCAUAACUGCUGUAUUCCAACAACCAUCCAAGGCUAAAUAAUAUUUCCAAUCACUGUUUUAGAAAAUAACUUAAAGAAGCCCUCUUUGUUUUUUUCCGUUAAACAUUGAUAUCUAAGUUCAUGAUUGGUUAUCAUUUGAAUAUCAUCAGAUCUUCAUCUAUUCAUAUAACGGAAAUAGCAAAUUUAAAAGAGCAGAAACAUUGCUUUGAUUUUAUUUCUAUCAUUCAUUUGCAGAUGCAAUAUUAUCUAGCUACACCUGUUGAUAAUUUUGUUUUAAAUUUGGAUCCUAUUUGUUUGUUCAAUGAAACCCCUAGAAACAAACUGCAUAAUCGAAAGUCAGUGAUUUUUGACGUUUCUGGUUAGUUGGUAUGAUAUGAGGAAAAAUAUUGUAAUGCAAUUUGUUUCUAGGAAAUCUUAUUUUCUCCACUGGUUAGUCUAAUAGACUGUCUAGUUUAGUGUUGUCUUAACUUUAGCCAAUAACUCAAAAACGGCAUACAUGCUGUAUUGUAUGGUUACUUUGAUGGUCACUUACUUGGAGACUAUUAGAGAAUCGUUAUUUUGAACCGAAUAGGUUUUAUGUUGCUUUUCUUGAAAUGCACUUGAAGUUUAUAUAAUGUUAUUUUACGCUCCCAUGUAAAAAGUGAAACGACUUCGAUUGCCGAGAUAGUUUUGUGCGGCCGACUUGAUUUGUAACCAAGCGCCUCAUCUGCCGAAAUCUGUUUCUGUCAACAAUCUAUUUGAGUAUUAUAGUAGCAAGCUGAUCUCAUGAUUACUGUAUAAUGAUGACAAUGGCGACGAAUUGAACUGUAUAAUAAAGAGAAAAUUAAAUCUUCCUUCUCUUUG